AUGGGCCAGGACGGGCAUCAUAAUCUGGCGCUGAUGGGGAGCAUCUCCUCUCUCGCACCCUAUCUCACCACCGUCGGUCUUGCGGAUGGAAGCAAACACGCGAAAUUCCUCGUCGGCCUCAUCAACUCGCUCUACUGGGCGGGCGUCGUCGUCGGUGCCUUACUCGUCGGCGGGUUUUCCGACAAAGUCGGCCGCCGCCGAGCCAUCGUGUUUACCGGACUCUUCGCCGCCAUCGUCAUCCCAGUGUUCGCAUCUCUGCAAAACUUCACGUGGGCUUUGGUCACCCGGUUCGCCAACGGACUGGCAACCGGGUCAUUCGACUCUGUCGGGCUCAACUGGUCGGCCGAGACAGUGGACCCUCGCCACCGGGGCCGGACCAUCGGCUUCCACAUGAGCUGCGCAGCGAUGGGCGCGGCCAUUGCGUACUUUAUCCCGUUUGGCUUGAACAAGCACAGCUCUGGCGAUGUCGUGUGGCGGCUGCCGCUGGCUUUCCAGCUGCUUUUUGUGCUCGUCGUGCUCUGCGUCGUGUGUUUCCUUCCGGAGUCGCCCAGAUGGCUGGUCCAGGUCGGUCUCACAGACGCAGCUCGCGACGUUCUCCUCGCGGUCAAGCACUGCGACAGCCCGGGGGGGCUGCCGGUAAUGGUCGAAAUCGAGUUGGAGUCCGUCUCCAAGACCAUUGAGAUGGAACGCAGACACAGCUCGUCGACCAGCUACUGGGCAAUGUUCACCGCCCCCGACGACUUGAGGACGGCUCGACGCACGUGGUCCGCAAUCUUUGUUCAGUUCGCGACGCAAGCCAUGGUCGGCUCUGGCUUCGUGUCUGGCUACGGCAUCCAGAUUUUCGAGACGGGCGGCUGGUCUCCGGACCUGGCGGCUCUUCUCGCCGGACUGGCAAUCGUGACCCAGGCCGUCUUUGGAAUGCCAGGGGCCAUCUUUUCCGACAAGCUUGGCCGACGGAAGGCCAUGAUCGGCGGUGCCGCUGUCGGGGCCGUCAUCCUCGCCCUCAUCGGCAUGUGUGGCUAUUUCGUGGGCAAGCACUCCGAGUCGAAUCCUGCCCUCGCAAAGUCGUAUGGCUCAGCAACCGUAGCCUUGGUGUUCUUGUGGUGCGCGGUUUUCGGUGCAACUUGGCUCUGGUGUCCUUUUGUGUAUCCUUCGGAAAUCUUCCCGGCCCAGUCUCGAGCCAAAGGAAGCUCGGUGGGCAUCGUUGGCCUGGGCCUGGGCUCCUUUUUCGCCAGCAUGAUCAGCCCAUACUUGUUUGACGCAAUUGGCUACCAAUCGCUCUUCAUGAUCUGCGGACUCAGUUUCCUGGUGGCUAUGAUAUGCUUCCUGUGGAUGCCCGAAACAGCUGGCAAGACUUUGGAGGAGAUUGAUGGGCUUUACGACUGA